AUGAGCGUGGACUUUUCUUACGACCUGGCCGAUCGUCCGGCUGGCCUUCGUCUGCCCAACCCCCCGCCGCUGCUGCACACCCGCUCGGGCAACGAACUCGCCACCGAUCGCCCCUCCACGCCCUUUCAGAAUGCCUUCACCAGUCCGGUUCAGACCCCGCAAGGGAGCCCCAGCAAAAACAGGAUGCCCCCGGGUGCGCUGGAUUUGCCAAAUGUCUUCGAUACGGCGAUGAAGUUGGCACCGAGCUCCCCCACCAAGGCCACUCACAACCACUACCAGCACCCCAUGUUCGCCCCACCCAAACCGUCCGGAGACGACUUCAACGAGAGCGUCAUUCGCCAGCCCCCGAGUCCCACGCGGAAAUCCAACAAGGAGAACACGCCACCGAGUUCCACACGCAUCCCGAAACCCCUGGGGUCCAACCCGGCCGCCGCCGCUAUUUCGCGUCACGAACAUUAUCAGACCCGCGAUGUCGAGAGCAUCCAGAAGCGCUCGGUGCAGAUGCGCGGGCUGACGGCCGAGGAAUUGGAGAAACUCCAGAAUCCCCGCGUCAAGCGACUGGUCAAUGUGACUCAACUGUAUUUCCUCGACCACUACUUUGACCUGCUCAGCUACUUGAACAACCGCCAGAAUCGCUUUUCCCAGUUCUGCUCAGCCUAUCCGGAGCCGCCCGCCACCCCGAUGGACGACUACGAGCCGGCGUUGGCGAAAUAUCUCGGGCGCGAACGGGCGCACCUGCGCAAGCGCCGGACUCGCCUGCGCCAGCACGAUUUCCAGAUCCUGACGCAGGUCGGCCAGGGUGGAUACGGGCAGGUGUACUUGGCGCAAAAGAAGGAUACCCGGGAGGUGUGCGCGCUGAAGGUUAUGAGCAAGAAGCUCCUGUUCAAACUGGACGAGAUCCGCCACAUUCUCACCGAGCGCGACAUUCUGACGGCGGCCAAGAGCGAGUGGCUCGUGAAGCUGUUGUAUGCAUUCCAGGAUCAGGACCAGAUCUACCUCGCGAUGGAGUACGUCCCCGGAGGCGAUUUCCGAACGCUGUUGAACAACACCGGGGUCCUGCACAAUCGCCACGCCCGAUUCUACGUGGCCGAGAUGUUCAGCUGCAUCGAUGCCCUGCACGCCCUGGGGUACAUCCACCGCGAUCUGAAACCCGAAAACUUCCUCAUCGAUUCCACCGGCCAUGUCAAGCUGACGGACUUUGGGUUGGCGGCCGGCAUGUUGAACCCCGGCAAGAUCGAGUCGAUGCGCGUGAAGCUGGAGGAAGUCGGCAACACCCCCGUCCCGUUCGGCCGCCCGAUGGAGCAGCGCACGGUCGCAGAGCGCCGGCAGGGAUAUCGCACGCUGCGCGAUCGACAGGUCAAUUACGCCAAGUCGAUCGUGGGGUCGCCCGACUACAUGGCGCCGGAAGUGCUCAAGGGCGAGCAGUACGACUUUACGGUGGACUACUGGAGUCUGGGAUGCAUGCUGUUCGAGGCGCUUGCCGGAUAUCCGCCGUUCGCAGGCGCUACGGUAGACGAGACGUGGCAGAACCUGAAGAACUGGACCAAGGUGCUGCGCAAGCCGGUGUACGAGGACCCGAACUACUUCCUGUCGCGGCGCACGUGGGACCUGAUCACGCGACUGGUUGCAUCGAAGGAAAAGCGGUUCAAGAACAUCCAGGAGAUUCACGCACACAGCUACUUCAGCGAGGUCGACUUCAACCGACUGCGCGAGCAGCGGGCGCCAUUCGUGCCGGAGUUGGACUCGGAGACGGACGCGGGCUACUUUGACGAUUUCAGCAGCGAAGCCGACAUGGCCAAGUACAAGGAGGUACAUGACAAGCAGCGGGCGCUGGAGGAGAUGGCCGAGCGAGGUGACAAGAUGAACAAGGGGUUGUUUGUUGGAUUUACAUUCCGCCAUCGCAAGCCCGCCGUCGACGGAACCAACCGGGGGACUCCACGGAAGCCUCUCCCGAUGGACGGGACAUUCGGAACGAUGUUUUAA